UUUUGCGAUGACAAUUCUCGAACGCAUGUGCGAUGCCGUAAAAUAUUCUCCGAUGUCUCGGAAUCAUGUAAUGAGUGAUAACUGCUGGAAGGUCCUCCCGGCCAUGCCCAGCCUGGGUGAGACAGUUCGGCAUCAUUGUUACUGCCACCGACAAGACGGCACGCGCCCAUCUGUCAGAUCUCCCAGAGGUACUCUCGAGCAAGCUUGGUACUGCCAUAUGUCCACUUCCGCUGAAGACCUAGAGCUUUGUCUGCUUGAAUCUCUGAUGUUUCCUUUUGUUUCCCUCGAUUGCGCUCAAUUUCGUCAAACCUGAGCGAUCGAUCAAGACAUGCGUACCGCACAGGUUUUUUGUGUGUUGAGCACAGCGGUCUUAAGUACCGCUGCAGCAGUGCGAGCAGCAGCCCCGGAGGCAUUCGGAGAAAUCAGAAGUACAGACCAAUCAACUCUCAAGCAUGAAAAUUCAUCUCCGAAUACCGCGAGAGCAGCGGCGGUUAGAGAGGCUUUUCAAUUCGCAUGGGACGGAUAUUACAAACAUGCCUUUCCCAACGACGAGCUCCUACCGGCAAAUAACAGCUACAGUAAUUCUCGGAAUGGAUGGGGUGCCAGCGCCAUCGACGCUCUAUCCACUGCGCUCGUCAUGAGGAACAAGGAAGUGGUCGAUGUCAUUCUAGACUAUGUGCCAACAAUUGAUUGGAGCGUGAGCUACGAAGACACUCGAGUCAGCCUCUUCGAAACGACCAUCCGAUACCUCGGAGGUCUCUUAUCCGCGUAUGACUUACUCAAGGGCCCUUUGAGCUACAUCCCUCAAAAACCAGGUAAUGUCCGCGCCCUGCUCAGUCAGGCCACAAAUCUUGCAAACAACCUGAGCUUCGCCUUCAACACUCCGACAGGUAUCCCCCACGGUGGUAUGUUCUUUGGUAACAGAACUAAUGAUGGUAGAAACACCACGAAUUUGGCUGAAGCUGGAACGCUCGUACUUGAAUGGACUCGUCUUUCCGACCUGACCGGUGAUGUGACUUACGGAGCCCUGGCACAGCGAGCAGAGGAGUACUUAUUAGACCCUCAACCGCAGUCGCUCGCCGAGCCAUUCCCAGGACUCGUCGGCUCGAAUAUCGGCAUCAACAACGGCAGUUUUGUGGACGGCGAUGGUGGAUGGGGCGGCGGCGACGACAGCUUCUAUGAAUAUCUGAUCAAGAUGUUUGUCUACGACUCUUCUCGUUUUGCAAGUUAUCGCGAUCGUUGGAUUCUUGCUGCGGACAGCACCAUUGCUCAUCUGGCAUCACAUCCUUCGUCCCACCCGGAGCUAACCUUUCUCGCCUACUACGAAGGCACGAAACUUGAUCUAUACUCAGGUCAUCUGGCAUGCUUUGAUGGUGGUAACUUCAUUCUCGGCGGCCUCGUUUUGAAACAACAGAAGUAUAUCGACUUCGGUCUCCAGCUCGUCGAUUCAUGCGAGCAAACUUACAACAAAACCCUCACGGGCAUCGGCCCAAAUGGGUUUGGAUGGGAUAGCUCUGAGGUUCCCGCGAACCAAACGGAAUUCUACGAACGGGCAGGUUUCUACAUCACAGAUUCUGCCUAUGUGCUGAGGCCCGAAGUCAUUGAAUCCUUCUACUACGCCUAUCGAGCCACCGGCAAAACGAGAUAUCAAGACUAUGCUUGGAAUGCCUUUGUCGCCAUCAACAGCACAACCCGCGUUGGCUCAGGCUUCACAUCAGUCACCGACGUCAACGCGCCUUCCGGUGGAGAUAUUUUAAAUUUCCAGGAAUCCUUCCUCUUCGCCGAGGUGCUCAAGUACAGCUAUUUGAUCCAUUCAGACCCAGAUGACGAAUGGCACGUCAACCACGACGGCGCCAAUGAUUGGGUGUUCAAUACCGAGGCGCAUCCCAUGAGGGUUGUGGGGCCACGGGUCUGAUUGUUGUGGAAGUGCGCAUCUAUUCUAAUUCAAUAAUAAUAAGAUGUAUCACUCGAAAUGUACCGAGUUGAUAACUAGAGAGACCAAUUUGUGCCCAAUGCCAAUGUCUCUUCGACGGCAUUGAUUCACCUGAGUUUAGAUAAUGUAUAGGGUGAGGCCAGCACGGCGCUCCUUUUCAACGCGAUGGUGUAUUGCCCGUCUUCCUGCGCGAUGCAUUCC